UUUAAUAUUGUUCAACUUUUCAGGAAGCAUACUAUUUUUAGUCUUGACCAUUGUUUUUUUAUUCGUUUGUCUACUGAUAUUUAUGGGGAUCGUUACUAUGUGGAUGAUUCUCAAGCAAAAAUUUCCGAAGAACUCUCCGCGCAUGUCACCAAAAUUAAGCAUGAAAUCGCAGAUGAUCUCUCUGCACGUGGUACUAAGAUUGCCAAUGAACUUGACAGAAAAAAUAAUACAACUAUUACUGCGGAAAUCAAAAGAAUCCUUACUGAUGAUGUCUAUAGAAAACUUACUGCAGAAAUUAAUACUAAAAUCAUCAACGAGCUUUCCACACACCUGUCUGAAAUUAAUACUGAACUUAAUAGUAAACUUAUCAUAGAAAUCACCAAAAUUAAUACACGUGAUGCUGGCUAUGCCUCUGAGGCGCAGAAAAUUUUUUCAAUGGUUAAUAACAUAACUAUGAAAGUUAAUAAUAUCGAAGAAUCCUGCUGUAAUGAAUUUAGCAGAAUUAAUGUUGUUAUCGAAGAUCUCCAAAACAAAAUAAACCAACAUUACGCAGUGGUUCAAAAAUCCGAUUUUGAUCAACAAAUAACGAUGUGGGUGCUUCUUGAAGAGAAGGUGAGUGCCAUAGAAGUCGAUAUUAAUCAGAACAAUUAUAUGACUUGUAGUUUUAACUUAGACUGCCUUAAACCUAUUCUUCGUGAAAAAUUCAAAGUUCUUAAGAAUGUUGAACCAGAAGAUGUCGAAUUUUUUACCUUUAAUAACCGCAUAAAUCCACUUCUACCAGGAACCAACUUUAAUUCCUUAUCCAGGAGUACAACUGACACUACACCACUUGUAGUCCGGUAUCUUCUAUCAACUUCAACCGUUAUUGUUUGUUGCAAUCUUUCAACAUCAUGGUUUAAGUCUAGUUUCCCACAUACAAGCGGGCUCUGGUAUCUUGUUCAUAAUGUUGCAAAAUCAAAGUUUCAAACCCUGCGAUUAAAUACAGUUCAAUAUAGUUUCAUUCAUAAUGAGAAUAAUAACAAACAACAAAUAGAAAACGAAUUUCAGUUCAAUGAAAUAAUAGCGGAUAUUCAACCGAAUGAAAAAGGAAGGAAUGCAUAUGGUGAUUGGGAAAUUGGUGAGGCUCUAAAUGAGUUCUUGCAUCAAAGGGAGGCUAUUGCCCAACUUAUUGAUGAACUUAAAAAAAGGAAGAGUGCAUUUGGCAUUGUCAAUCGAAAUGAAUCAACUUGUCGAGAGUUCAUCUUGCCUUUAAUGUCCACAGCAGUCACCUAUGUCCAAAAAGAAGCAAAAGAAUUAUUACUUAAAGCCGAAAAAUGGAUCGAUGGGACAAAAGCUUAUAGACCUAUUUAUUACUCGAUUUCUAUUGAAGAAGUGCUUGUUUUAGUCCAAGAAGUUAAGAAAGAUGACUUUGAAAAAGGAACUGCACAAAAUAUCGCACAGAUUCAUAGUGAAAUAGAGGUAGAUCUGAGAGAUGAAGAAGUUCCUGUUGUAAUGUAUGGAAUCGUUACAAAUGCAUUACAAUGGUAUUUUUUUCGUUGGGCAGGUUCAUCAGAUAAUCCAACAGUUGAAUUAUCUGGUCCGCAUAUUUGUGAAUUCGACAGUAAUGCUAUGGAACAAGAGAAUGCAAUAUGUGAUGUCAGAGUCAAGGAACUAGAACAAAAGAACAUGGAGCUUGAAGCUAGACUUGCAAUAGUGGAACAGACUUCCUUUGUUGUGAAUGGUCAGACACAGAAUGUGGACCAACAAAAUAAUGCCGACACCAAGUCAAUAGAAGGGAUAGCAAAGGUAUCAGAUAGGGAAAUAGAUGAUUUUGUUCCCGAAGAACUGAUACCAAAGACAGACUAUGAUAGUGAUUGUAGCCAUGACAAUGAUUCUGAAGAAGACGUAUCAUUUUCUGAUAAUGAUAAGAUAAAUGAUAUAGACAUGAUGGUUUCUGAUGAUGAAGAAAAUGUAGAUUAUUACUAUGAUUUAAGAACCGGUAAUGUAACUUAUAAAAAAUUGAUUAGCGUAUAUUAG